CUAACAAACUAGUUGACUUUUUACAAUAUGUGACAAACAAAAAAAAACAAAAUUCAUAAAUAUACACCUAAACCAACCCAUCGCCAACCGCAGCUUAUCAGCUUCAAACCACUUUCAUUCCAUCACAGAUCCAAAAUGCUGAAGACAUCGCAGUCUCGCAAUAAGAGUAACCUUCAAACACAAUUUAUUCCCUACUUUUUGAAGGGCAACACCGAAUACGGGGACAGCCAUGAUGGCAGGGACUCGGAGAGGUCAGGCAACGUUAAGCAAGUGGUUGUCGGGAUCUGUGCCAUGGCCAAGAAGGCGCAAUCGAAGGCCAUGAAGGAGAUAUUAGCACGACUUGGCGAGUUCCCAUACAUUAAGCUGGUGACUUUCGAGGAGACUGUGAUCCUGCAGGAGCCCGUCCAGAAUUGGCCCAUCUGCGACUGCCUGAUCUCGUUUCACUCGAAGGGAUUCCCGCUGGAGAAGGCCAUCAAAUAUGCCCAGCUGCGAAAUCCCUUUCUGCUCAAUAAGCUGGAUAAGCAGUACGAUAUCCUCGACCGCAGGCGGGUCUAUGCCAUUCUGGAGAAGGAGGGCAUCGAGAUUCCUCGCUAUGCGGUCCUCGAUCGUGACAUGGCGAAUCCAAAGCAACGCGAGCUUAUCGAGUCGGAUGACCAUGUGGAGGUUAAUGGAAUUAUCUUCAACAAGCCUUUUGUGGAGAAGCCAGUGUCGGCGGAAGAUCACAACAUCUAUAUUUACUAUCCCUCAUCGGCGGGCGGCGGUAGUCAGAGACUAUUCCGGAAGAUUGGCAGCCGGAGCAGCGUGUAUUCGCCGGAAUCGAGAGUGCGAAAAACGGGCUCCUUCAUCUAUGAGGACUUUAUGGCCACCGAUGGGACCGAUGUCAAGGUGUAUACUGUUGGUCCGGACUAUGCCCACGCGGAGGGUCGCAAGAGUCCGGCGCUCGAUGGCAAGGUGGAACGCGACAGAGAGGGCAAGGAGAUCCGGUAUCCGGUUAUCCUUAAUCAUACCGAGAAGCUCAUCGCGCGUAAGGUAUGCUUGGCCUUCAAGCAGACAGUCUGUGGCUUUGAUCUCCUGCGGGCCAACGGCAAGAGCUACGUCUGCGAUGUCAAUGGAUUUAGCUUUGUGAAGAAUUCGAACAAAUAUUACGACGACUGCGCUAAGAUCCUGGGGAAUAUUAUCCUGCGAAAGUUAACUGCCACGCUUAGCACCCCCUUGUCCAUUUCCUUUCGCCUGGACGAGCCACCCAUUAUGCCCACCAUCUUUGGCAAGAUGAUGGAGCUGCGAUGUGUGGUGGCCGUGAUCCGGCAUGGCGACCGUACGCCCAAGCAAAAGAUGAAGGUGGAAGUGCGGCACCGAAAAUUCUUUGAGGUCUUUGAGAAAUACAAUGGCUAUAAUUUGGACCAUGUCAAGCUCAAGAAACCAAAGCAGCUGCAGGAGAUCCUGGACAUUGCCCGCUUCCUGCUUGCCGAGAUUCAAAAGAAUUCUGGUGUUGAGAUCUGGGAAAAGGAGAGCGAACUGGAGCAGAUGAAGACUGUCCUGGAGAUGCAUGGUCAUUUCUCGGGCAUCAAUCGCAAGGUGCAGAUAAAGUACCAGUCGAAGGGUUGGCCAUGUGGUUCCAGGUCCGAUAAUGGUGAGCAUUGUGCUAAGCAAUGCAAAGCCAAUCUGGAAACCGAUCAAUCGCCGGAUCCUUCGCUCAUCCUCGUUCUUAAGUGGGGUGGCGAACUUACGCCUGUGGGUCGUGUCCAGGCAGAGGAACUGGGUCAAAUCUUUCGGUGCAUGUAUCCGCGCGGACAGGGCAGAGCCGACUAUACGGGCACCCAGGGAUUGGGUCUCUUGCGAUUGCACUCCACCUUCCGGCACGAUCUAAAGAUAUAUGCCUCGGAUGAGGGUCGUGUCCAAAUGACCGCUGCCGCCUUUGCCAAGGGCCUGUUGGCCUUGGAGGGUGAACUAACACCUAUCCUUGUACAGAUGGUGAAAAGUGCCAAUACAAAUGGACUCCUGGACAAUGACGGUGAUUGCAACUACUAUCAGAAUCUGGCUAAAGAUCGCUUGUACGAGCUUAUGCAGAACGAUCGCGAGUUCACUCAGGUGGAUCGCGAGAAAAUUAAUCCGUGCAACAACAAAUCAAUCAAUCAGGCGCUAAACUUUGUCAAGAAUCCGGUUUAUUGUUGCCAUCACGUCCUUCUGCUCAUCCGCGAGCUCCUCCAUGUGAUCAGUGUUAAGAAAGAUGAUCCAAGGACCAAAAAUGCAAUCCUGUACCACGAAGAAACCUGGGACCUCAUGCGUUGUCGCUGGGAGAAGAUAGAAAAGGACUUUAGAAGCAAAUCGAAGAAGUUCGACAUUUCCAAAAUACCAGACAUUUAUGACUGCAUCAAGUACGAUGUGCAGCAUAACCAACAUACGCUGCAGUACGAUCGAGCCGAGGAGCUGUAUGUGUACACAAAGAACCUGGCGGAUAUAGUGGUGCCGCAGGAGUAUGGACUGACGCGGCAGGAGAAGUUGGCCAUUGGACAUGGGAUCUGUUCGCCGCUGCUGCGUAAGAUCAAGACCGAUCUGCAGCGCAAUAUUGACGAGGUGGAGGAUGAGUUUAUGAAUCGCUUGAAUCCGCACUAUAGCCACGGUGUUGCCAGCCCCCAGCGGCAUGUGCGGACGCGGCUGUACUUCACCAGUGAGUCCCAUAUCCACUCGCUGCUCACAAUCCUUCGCUAUGGCGAGUUGCUCAAUGUCGUCACCGAUCAGCAAUGGCGGCGCGCCAUGGAGUACAUCUCGACGGUGGCCGAGCUGAACUACAUGUCCCAGAUUGUCAUUAUGCUGUACGAGGAUCCCACCAAGGACCCCACAUCCGAGGAGCGCUUCCACAUCGAGCUCCACUUCAGUCCCGGCGUUAAUUGCUGCGUCGGGAAGAAUCUACCACCAGGUCCUGGCUUCCGGCCUCAUUCCCACGACGACUGUGACAGUCUCCGGUCGUCGGGGGAAAUGAAUCCCGCAGAGCUAGCAGAGGAGACGCAGAAGCCCAAGGAACUUUUGACUCACCAAACAGAAUUUGGCUUCAAAUGCCUGUCACUGAGGGCGAAGCUUCGGUCAAAGCCUACUACCACUAUACAUAAUCAUAAGCCCAGCGGUCGUAAAGCCAUGAAUUUAGACAAUGAGCUGGUAUCACUGCAGCACGAGUUCCCCCAAUUCUACCCGCAGUUUCGACCUAUCAGUCCGGACAUCCGGUCGGACAAAAUCGUUUGUGAGCCAAGAUCCCGAAGCCCCGAGCAGCGAGCCCUGGAUGAUAACUGCGCUAAGCUGCCAGUGCCACCCAUUCGACCACUGGAGACACUACACAAUGCUCUGUCGCUCCGCCAGCUCGACUAUUUCCUGCAGGACAUGAUUGGGGCACAGUUCUCUAGGUCAAUGCCCUUAAUGCCCAAGACGGAUACCACGAGCGGAGGACAACAGUAUAUCCUUUCGCCAACGUUCUUCCAAGGAGGCAGCGAAGCGGGUUCCACAGUUCGAAUACACUCGGAGUUAGGGCACAAAGAAGAGAUUGUGCAAAAGCGCAGGCAUAAGUGAUACUUCUCUCUAUAUUUACUUCUAUAU